AUGCCCUCCAAGGCGGCCUGCCUGGGGCGCUCAGAGGCGGGCCCCCCCCAGCCGGACGGCGGGAUGCUCAAGGGGCACCUUGUGGACUCGGAGGGGGGCCUGGCCCCCUUCCCUGGCUCCCCGGCCGCUGACCGUGCUGGCCCCGAGAAGAGCCCGGCGGUCCCUGUGGACGUGCCAGCCAGAGGCGGCCCCGAAGACCCCCAGGCCAAGGCCAAAGCCUUCACCCCGAGGCCGCCUCUGAGGCCGCGGCUGGAGCGCGCCCUGUCCCUGGACGAGAAGGGCUGGCGGCGGCGGCGGCUCCCCAGCAGCCAGGAGGACCUGGCCUCGGGCACCGGGGCCAGCCCCCCCGGGGGCUCCUCGCAGGACCCCGUCCCCGGGCCGCCCGCCCGUGCCGGCCGCCCGCCCGGCCUGAGCACCUCCCUGCAGGAGAUCCCCCGGGCCCCCCGGGCGCCGGGCAAUGGCGGCGGGGGCCCCUCCUCCUGGGGCGCCUCCCGGGACCUCCUGCCCCCGCUGGCCGGCGGGCUCCCCUCGCGCCCGCUGCCCGCCAUGGAGUGGAGCGUGGCCUCGGACGCCCUGCGGACGGCCCACAAGGUGGACGCGGACCACACGGACUACAAGCUCCGCACGCAGAGUCGGCUGCUCCGGGCCCACAGCAGCCUGGGCCCCGGCCGGCCGCCCAGCCCCCUGGCCUCCGAGGACGGCUCCCUGCGCUCCGCCAGGUCUGCCUUCAGCCUCCUGGCGCCCCUCCGGACCAAGGACAUGCGCAGCAGGAGCUACCUGGCGGGGAGCCUCCUGGGGAGCGGGGCCCUGAUGGGGGCGGAGGAGCUGGCCCGGUACUUCCCCAACCGCACCGUGGCCCUCUUCGUGGCCACGUGGAACAUGCAGGGCCAGAAGGAGCUGCCCGUGAACCUGGACGAGCUGCUGCUGCCCGCCGAGGCUGACUACGCCCAGGACCUGUACGUGGUCGGGGUGCAGGAGGGCUGCUCCGACAGGCGGGAGUGGGAGACGCGGCUGCAGGAGACGCUGGGCCCACACUACGUGAUGCUGCACUCGGCGGCCCACGGGGCACUGCACCUGUCCGUGCUCAUCCGCCGUGACCUCAUCUGGUUCUGCUCAGAGGUGGAGAGCUCCACGGUGACCACCCGCAUCGGGUCCCAGAUCAAGACCAAGGGGGCGCUGGGCGUCGGCUUCACCUUCUUCGGCACCUCCCUCCUCUUCAUCACGUCCCACUUCACCUCCGGGGACGGGAAGGUCGGCGAGAGGCUGCUGGACUAUAGCAAGACCAUCCAGGGCCUGGCGCUGCCCAAGAACGUGCCGGACACCUGCCCCUACCGCUCGGACGCAGCGGACGUCACCACCCGCUUCGACGGCGUCUUCUGGUUCGGCGACUUCAACUUCCGCCUGAGCGGCGGCCGCGCGCCCGUGGAGGCCAUCCUGAGGCAGGACCCGGGCGCCCGCGUGCCCGCCCUGCUGCGGCUGGACCAGCUGGCCCGGGAGAGGCAGAGGGGGUCCAUCUUCAAGGGCUUCCAGGAGCCAGACAUCCACUUCCUGCCGUCGUACAAGUUCGACAUCGGGAAGGACUCUUACGACACCUCGUCCAAGCAGAGGACCCCGUCCUACACGGACCGGGUCAUGUUCCGGAGCCGCCACCAGGACGACAUCUGCCCGCUCACAUACUCCUCCUGCCCCGGGAUCAAGACCUCCGACCACCGCCCCGUGUACGGCCUCUUCCGGGUCAGAGUGAGGCCGGGCAGAGACAACAUCCCGCUUGCGGCCGGCAAGUUUGACCGCGAGCUGUACCUGAUCGGGAUCAAACGGCGGAUUUCUAAAGAGAUGCAGAGGCAGCAGGCCCUGAAGACGCAGCACGCCAGCACCAUCUGCACCGUGUCCUGA